CGAGACUUCGGCGACGCAGCAAUGGCGAGACCAUGCCGCGUCACUGCUCCGCCGCCGGCUGCUGCACACGGGACACACGCGAGACGCGCAACCGCGGCAUCUCCUUCCACAGACUUCCCAAGAAGGACAACCCAAGACGGGGCUUGUGGCUGGCCAACUGCCGGAGGCUGGACCCCAGCGGCCAGGGCCUGUGGGACCCGGCGUCGGAGUACAUCUACUUCUGCUCCAAACACUUCGAGGAGAACUGCUUUGAGCUGGUGGGAAUCAGUGGAUAUCACAGGCUGAAGGAAGGGGCAGUCCCCACCAUAUUCGAGUCUUUUUCCAAGUUGCGCCGGACAAGCAAGACCAAGGGGCACAGUUACCCACCUGGGCCCCCUGAUGUCAGCCGGCUGCGGCGAUGCAGGAAACGCUGCUCAGAGGGCCGAGGGCCAACAACUCUAUUUUCUCCACCCCCACCUGCUGAUGUCACCUGCUUUCCAGUGGAAGAGGCCUCAGCACCUGCCACUUUGCCUGCCUCCCCAGCUGGGAGGCUGGAGCCUGGCCUUAGCAGCCCCUUCUCAGACCUUCUGGGCCCCCUGGGUGCCCAAGCAGAUGAAGCCGGCUGUAGUGCCCAGCCCUCACCAGAGCAGCAGCCCUCUCCUCUCGAGCCACGGCCGGUGUCCCCCUCAGCCUACAUGCUGCGCCUGCCGCCACCCGCUGGAGCCUACAUCCAGAAUGAGCACAGCUACCAGGUGGGCAGUGCCCUACUCUGGAAGCGGCGGGCUGAGGCAGCCCUUGAUGCCCUGGACAAGGCCCAGCGCCAGCUGCAGGCCUGCAAGCGGCGGGAGCAGAGGCUACGGCUGCGACUGACCAAGCUGCAGCAGGAGCGGGCACAGGAAAAGCGAGCACAGGCAGAUGCUCGCCAGACUCUGAAGGAGCAUGUGCAAGACUUUGCCAUGCAGCUGAGCAGCAGCAUGGCCUGAGUGAGGGGCCGCCCAGCCAGGCCGUGGCCUCCCUCAGAAUCUGCCUGGAGAGGGACCUCACUUGAACUAUAUCCACUAGACCUGCCAGAUGCCAUAAUAAAGUGGAUUCUAG